UCCCUUCAGCCAAACCCCCAACCCGAAACCCAGCCGCCUAUCAGUGACCGGAAGUACCUCGCAGAUACAGAGCGGCCAUCUUGGUAAAGGGAAAGCAUGGUUCUUGAAGGCAGUGACAUUGCGGAAGUACUGCUCCGCGAUCCUGACCGGCCAUUUUGGUAAAGGGAAAAUAUCGUAGCCGGUGCUGUUCCUCUUUCCUUUUUGGGAACAGGGAUCGGGCGGCUGGAGAUGCAGCGGCUGCCCCCGGGGGACCUGGACAAUAUGGUUAAGGUGGGGGAAGGAGGUUUCGGGAUGGUGUACAGAGCAUGGAGCCGGGCGCUGGGGAUGGAGAUUGCGCUGAAGAAGUGUCAGCAGCAUGACGGGAGUAAACUGGAGGAUCUCAUGAAGGAAAGAGAUCUGAUGCACAAAGCCAAUUUCACAUACGUCCUUCGUCUUCUUGCCAUCUACGAGAGUUUGAAUGGAGGGUUCUGCGAGUACGGCCUCGUCAUGGAAUACAUGCCUCACGGAUCCCUCCACACCCUUUUUGAGAAGAUCCCAGAUGUGCCGUGGGCCCUGCGGUUCCGUAUCCUUCAUCAGGUGGCCCUCGGCAUGAACUAUCUCCAUCACAUACUAGAUCCUCCUAUCAUUCAUCGAGACCUCAAACCCCGGAACGUUCUCUUAAACAAAAUGUUAGACAUUCAACUGACAGAUUUCGGUUUGUCCAAAACCUUGACUUCAACAUCCAACUACUCAUCAGGUGGGACGUUGGCUUACAUGCCUCCAGAAUCUCUAGAUGAUAUCAACUACAAACCAACCAAGGCGUUCGAUGUGUACAGCUUUGGCAUCUUAACCUGGUCAGUAUUGUCAGGUCAGGAACCAUAUUCUGGUGUAGGCAGCAGAAUGGUUGUAUUCCGUAUACCUCAGGGUGAUAGGCCAUCGGAGAAAGAGGUUGACAAGUGGGCAGCUGAGAAGAUGGUCCCCCAGGCUAUCAAGCUGAUGAAGGAAUGCUGGGAUGGCCGGGCAGAAAAGCGACCAAGCUUCAGUGACUGUAAACAGGUAACUGAGUCCAUGGCAAAUGAAUACAUCGGGCAAAUCGAUUCAGCUGUAGAAGAAGUGUUCAGUCGACUUAAGGACCUCACUGCACAGGCUAACCAGGAACCCAGCUUUGUGGACUCGAGCACUGUCAAUAUGACAUCUGGUACUUCUGCAGACAUCAGCAUUUUUCGCCACAUGCUGAAAGAUACAGUUGAUGGACCACCUCCGAAUGUGAAUUCCACAAGGAGAACAAAUUUUAAUGCCCCCCAAAAUUCUAAAGAAUUCAUAAGGAAGAACUUUUCCACCAUUGUUCAGGGCCGACCUGACAUCAGUGCCGUCUUGCCCGUUCUUUUCUCUGAGAGGAUCUUCAACCAAGAGGAGCUUAGUGUCAUUGAGAGCAGUGGGACUGUUGAGAAUCAGACCAGGAGAGCUUUGCUAGACAUCAUAAACAAAGGCCAGCGGAGUUGCGUUAGAUUUCUGGAACUGUUGGCAGAGCACCACCCUGCUCUAGUGGAAUCCUUAGCACCCUUGUAGAGGAUUUGUUGCUUUCUUUUUAGGCUCUGAUCUUUCAGAAUGUUCACCCUCUUCUCGUAACAGUAUUCAAGGUAUCACUUGUUACCCUUCAUCAUCUACUAAACUGUACGAUUACUCUACCAGCAUUUAUUGUCUCUGUUUUUGAGCAGCAGAUCCAACGCCUGUCAUGGGCAUUGGGGAGCCAAGAAAACCAUUAAUGAUUGCAUUGACUGGUUCAGUGCCCUAUACUGGUACCUAUCAAUUACAGAUGCACCAGAUCCAGUAUUCGUCUGAGCUGAAUACGAACCCAUAAAGUCAUGUGACUUUAAAGCUCUGGGCAGCUGAAUGCAAUCAUUUUAGUGUACCUUUGGCAGUGAUAUUCUGUUCUUUUGCGCCAUCCUAGCAUCCAGGCAGUGGAUUUAAUGACACACUGAUGAGAAAUUAUUUAGUUUUGCAUUCCCAACUCUCUAGUUUCCCAGUUAUCCUAGUCUCUUAUUUCCUACAGUUUCUUUAUUUGAUCUGUUCCUUGCUGGCAUUUCUCCACUGCUGCUCAGAAAUAACCAGCAACUCCUUUAUGAAAUAGUAAUAGUGUCUCUUGGAGUGUUGGUGACCAGGUUACUGGCCCUUACCCCUGUAGUGUGUUUAAACAAGGAUAGACUUAUCUGUAUAAAAUAGCCCCUUCUUUCCUCUAACUGCAGCUUGGGUCUCAGUCUUACAGAGAAGGAGCAGUUUGUUAUGUAGGGAGUUUAAGUGGGGCUUUUUCCUUCUCUCAUAUCUGAUGCGGUGCAGUAGGGUGCAUUAUAUUUAAUAUGCAGCUUCUGUACUUCACAAUAUGCAGUAGCGGCACAUCUCUUUAGGCAUUGAAGAGGUCCAUGGAAGCCAGAAAGUCAGUAACGGCUGUUCAGGGAGCUCUCCCUUAAAGGAAAACUGUACCCCCAAACAAUGUAUCUAUAGGUCUCUAUAAAAAUAUAUUGCAUGAACAAGCUUAUUUGUAAAACCCUGCUUCAUCUAAAUAAGCCAUUUUCAUAUAAUACUUUUUGUAGUAGUAGGUGCUAUGGGGUAAUCUUAAAUUGAAAACUGCCAUUGUAAGAAUUAAGGGCCGCCCCCUGGGAUCUAGGCCCCUUCAGCCAAUGAAUGUGAGUUGUGCCUUUUGCUCCCACACUACUUCCUGUUACGGUUAGAGCUGCAUUAUUGCUGGUCAUGGGAUCUCUGAUAAAAAGAAGAAAUUAUGUAUUGGCUUUAGUUGCCCACCAUUAUAUAACCUAUUAAAUUGCUGUAACACUAUAAUAUAUGGCUGCUGAAUCAGUAUGGGCAUGCAAAGUACUGAAAUGGUAGGUAACGCAGCUUUGUCACCCGAUUUAAACAGAAGAACCAGCCCAAAUCUAUCGCUGUUCUUUGGUACUGAAGUGGGCCUUGUUUAUUCCCUCUGUAUAAAUCAGGGGUACAUGGCAAAUGCUGGUAUUCGGUACAAUUCUAGGGAACUUCUAGUUAAUUCUCCAAUAAACUACAAUGAUAUAAAACUUA